CACCGCUUAGUCCGCCGCUACGAAGCAACAGUGGAACGCCUCGCUUCUCCACAGCUCUUCUUGGGUGUUGGGGUCACGCACACGAUAUCCCCGUGGAUACCGUAACAGCGCGCUGCUAUUUCGCCGUUUAGUCGCCGUCCCCGCUAUCCUUAUAAGAAGAGGGGAUAGCCGAGCGGUGCGAUGACCCGAUUCGUGGAGAAGAUAUCCUUGUUCGACCGGCGAUCAUCACCGAUGGCGGAGGCCGAGGACAUCGCCCGCGACGGCCUGCUCGUCUACCACCACCCCCUGGCACCCGCCACCACCGACGCCCAAGCGGUCACCCUCGGUCAGCUCUUCAAGCACGUCGGCGACGCCCACAGCGGAGAGGGGGACGACGGUGAUGCGGCCCCGCCGCCCCAUCAUGUCCUUGAACUCGACGAAUUCUCCGCCGGAGCCGGCGGAGGUGACCACUUGAGCUCCCGUCCACCCACUUUCGUGCUCGCCUUCACGAAUCUCUCGUACAGCGUGAAGAGACCCAGGAAGAUGUCCUUGUUCCAGAGGAACCGGCUCGCCACGGAUCCUGUCGCCGCACUCGCGCCGCCGGAAGCGUUCUCGAGAACCAAGACGCUAUUGAAUUCCAUCUCCGGCGAGGCGAGGGAAGGUGAGAUCUUCGCGGUGCUGGGGGCGAGCGGCUCCGGCAAGUCCACCCUGAUCGACGCGCUCGCGAACCGUAUCGUGAGGGACAGCCUGCAGGGCUCCAUCACCCUCAACGGCGAGAAACUCGAUGGGCGGCUGCUGAAGGUGAUCUCCGCCUACGUGAUGCAGGACGACCUCCUGUACCCCAUGCUCACCGUGGAGGAGACCUUGAUGUUCUCCGCCGAGUUCCGGCUGCCCCGCUCGCUCUCUGUUUCGAAGAAGAAGAGCCGGGUGCAAGCGCUCAUCGACCAGCUCGGCCUCCGGUCCGCCGCCAAGACCAUCAUCGGCGACGAGAUCCACCGCGGCGUAUCCGGAGGCGAGCGCCGGCGGGUGUCGAUCGGCAUCGACAUCAUCCACGACCCGAUCAUCCUCUUCCUUGACGAGCCCACGUCGGGACUCGACUCCACCAGCGCGUUCAUGGUGGUCAAGGUGUUGCAGCGGAUUGCUCACAGCGGGAGCAUCGUGAUCAUGUCGGUGCACCAGCCGAGUUACCGGAUCCUCUGCCUCCUGGAUCGCCUGCUCUUCCUCUCCCGCGGCCAGACAGUGUACAGUGGACCGCCGGAGGGCCUUCACCGGUUCUUCUCCGACUUCGGCCACCCGAUCCCGGAUAACGAGAACCCCACCGAGUUCGCGCUCGACCUCAUCCGGGAGCUCGAGGGCACUCCGGCCGGUGCAAGGUCCCUCGUCGAGUUCAACAAGUCGCGCCAGGACGAACAACCGGCCCUGGUCCCUGCCGCAAGGUCAUCUCUCUCUCUGAACGAUGCCAUCGGCGCCAGCAUCUCGCGCGGCAAGCUCGUGUCGGGCACGACCGAGGGGACGACGUCGGCCUCGUCGGUCCAGAAGUACGCCAAUCCAUUCUGGAUCGAGAUGGGCGUGCUCACCAAGCGAUCCUUCACCAACACGAAGCGGAUGCCGGAGCUGUUCGCUAUCCGCCUCGCCGCGGUGCUCCUCACCGGAUUCAUCCUGGCCACCAUCUUCUGGCGCCUCGACAACUCGCCCAAGGGCGUUCAGGAACGGCUCGGAUUCUUCGCCAUAGCCAUGUCCACCAUGUUCUAUACGUGCGCCGACGCACUCCCCAUCUUCCUCCAGGAGCGCAAUAUCUUCAUGAGGGAGACAGCCUACAACGCCUACCGCCGCUCGUCUUACGUCCUCUCGCACGCCAUCGUCGGCUUCCCGCCGCUGAUCCUCCUCUCCGUCGCCUUCGCCUUGACCACCUACUUCGCCGUCGGCCUGGCGGGGGGCAUGCAGGGCUUCGUCUUCUUCGUGCUGAUCAUCCUGGCCUCGUUCUGGGCGGGGAGCGGGUUCGUGACGUUCCUCUCCGGCGUGGUGACACACGUCAUGUUAGGCUACACCGUCGUCGUCGCGAUCCUGGCCUACUUCCUGCUCUUCAGUGGCUUCUUCAUCAACAGAGACCGCAUCCACGACUACUGGAUCUGGUUCCACUACCUAUCCCUGGUCAAGUACCCCUACGAAGCAGUGAUGCAGAACGAGUUCGACGACCGGCACAAGUGCUUCGUCAGAGGCGUUCAGAUGUUCGACAACACGCCGCUAGGGGUCUUGCCGGACGCGAUCAAGCUGAGGGUGCUCAAAUCCAUGAGCAACUCCUUAGGGGUGAACAUAACCAGCCGCACAUGCAUCACCACCGGCACCGACAUACUGAAGCAGCAGAGCAUCACUCAGCUCAGCAAGUGGGACUGCCUGUGGGUGACAGUGGCAUGGGGAUUCCUGUUCAGGUUCCUCUUCUACAUCAGCCUCCUGCUGGGGAGCCGGAACAAGAGGAGGUAAAGCGACAGAGCGAGAGCUACAGCACUGCGACUAUCUCCUUUUGUAUGAAGCUUCUCUUUCUUCUUCUUCUUCUUUUUUUUUGUUGUGUUAAUGUUGGAGAUGAACUAAUUGUGAUCUGUAAGUUAAAUAUCCACAUCUUCUCCCU